UGCGGGAAAAUGCAUCUCUGGAUUUCAUGUGUUUUGCUCAGUGCUACAUCGGUGUGCACUGUUCAGAUGUAUGGCAGUUAUGGGGAAAUAUGUCAAAGACUGUGUGCCUGUGAGGAGAGAGAGGGGAUACUUACCGUGAGCUGUGAAAACAGAGGAAUUGUAAGUCUCUCAGACAUAAGCCCAGUGCACUUCUCCCAGUAUCAUCUGCUGCUUACAGGGAAUCUCUUGAAAAAGCUGUCUGCCAAUGACUUUGUUGAGUACAGAGGACUUACAAUAUUACAUCUGGGAAAUAAUGACAUAUCUGAAGUUGAAGCCGGAGCUUUUAAUGGACUUCAGGGAUUAAAACGAUUACAUCUCAACAAUAACAAAAUUGAUGCCUUGAAGGGGGAGUUUUUCUUUGGCCUUGAAAGUCUGGAAUAUCUACAAAUUGAUUAUAAUUAUAUCACUCAUGUGGCGCCAAAUGCCUUCAGCAGACUUCGACAUCUGGAGGUCCUGAUUCUAAACGACAACCUAAUAACUACUCUGCCCGUGAAUAUUUUCCAAUAUGUACCAUUGACUCAUUUGGACUUAAGGGGGAAUCAGCUCAAAGUGCUUCCCUACUCAGGUCUGCUGGAGCACAUGAACAGUGUUGUGGAGUUACAGCUGGAGGAGAAUCCGUGGAACUGUUCCUGCGAGCUGAUUGCUCUCAAAACCUGGCUCGAGAGCAUAUCAUACACAGCUUUAGUCGGCGAUGUUGUUUGUGAGUUCCCUUUUCGGCUUCAUGGGAGAGAUCUUGAUGAGGUUUCAAAACAGGAGUUGUGCCCGAGGAGAGCCAUUGCUGAAUAUGAGAUGCCACCCCUGCCACAUUUGAGCAGUGAUGCAUACUACAGGACCACGCCAGCUCUAGUCACAGCUUCUUUCACCUCAUCUGGGAUUGCACGGUCCUCAUCAAGACCCACCAAGGGACCUCGACAGUCAGGCAAAUUAAAAUCAAGACCCACUGCUCGUGUCCCAUCUAAUAAACCGCAAAAUUACGGCCAGAUUAUUUCAUAUCAGACCAAAUCCCCUGUGCCUUUAGAUUGCCCGACUGCCUGUACCUGCAAUCUUCAAAUUUCAGACCUUGGCCUGAAUGUGAAUUGCCAGGAGCGAAAGAUUGAGCAUAUCUCUGAUUUAAAUCCCAAACCUUACAACCCAAAAAAGAUGUAUCUCACAGGGAAUUACAUCCCUGUGGUGCGCCGAUCAGAUUUUAUUGAGGCAACUGGAUUAGAUUUGCUUCAUCUUGGUAAUAAUCGAAUAGCUCGCAUACAUGACAGAGCAUUUGGCGAUUUGACACAUCUAAGAAGACUUUACCUGAAUGGGAAUUUGAUAGACCAUCUUACAGCUGAGAUGUUUUAUGGAUUGGAAAGCCUUCAGUUCUUAUAUUUAGAAUACAAUGUCAUUAAAGAGGUUGCUCCUGAUACCUUUCAGCAUGUACCCAAACUUCAGCUUCUUUUUCUGAACAAUAACCUCUUGAAAACUUUACCAGUGGGCACAUUCAAUGGCCUGACAUUGGCCAGGCUAAAUCUUCGCAACAACCAUCUGCGAUAUCUGCCAGUCAGUGGUGUGCUAGAUCAGCUUACAGCACUGGUGCAAGUCGAUUUGUUUGAGAAUCCCUGGGAUUGCUCCUGUAGCAUACUGGAGUUGAAGGUGUGGCUGGAGCAUCUUAGCACAGGCACAGUCGUAAACAAUGUCAUCUGUGGCUCGCCUAAGAGACUAGCUGGGGAGGACAUGAGAUACAUUAAGACAGCUAAUUUCUGCCCUAAUAACUCUGAUUUACUUGCCUCCAUGAUCCCACCCUCUGAAGAAUCUUUUCCUGGCAGCACUAUCACCAUAGAAACAUCUUUGGACUCUGACACACAAUACAGUGCCAUUCCUUUAUCUGUGAUGAUUCUUGCCCUUCUCCUCAUGUUCAUUGUUUCUGUGUUUGUCGCUGCGGGAUUGUUCGUGGCAAUGAAAAAGAGACGUCAAAAGAGUCAAAAUGAGCAGAAUAACUCCAUGAAUGCUUGCAUUAGCUCUCUGAACAUGGAAUAUGGCCUUUACAAGAAGGGAUCCAUUCCCAAAGUCAGAACCUCUGCUGGACAUGUAUAUGAGUAUAUCCCACCUCCCACAGAAUCCACGUGCAGAACUACUGCUCACACGCCGACGGACAGCAAAUCAGUUGAUGGAUUCAGAGACUUUGAUGAGUUGAGCGGUGCUUUUCUGGGUAACUCAGAUGAGGAGGCAAUCAGUAAUGUAAUAAGCUCAGAAUACAGUGCCACUACUCCAGAGCCUCUUAACAAGCCCUCCAUCCCUCACCAAGAUGAUCCAUGUUACUACAGAGAUGUACUUGAGCCUCACAAACAAGCACGCUACAAUACGUUACCAUGCAGGCAUACAGCGCAUUCAUCGAGUCAGUAUACCUCAGACUUUGAUGCAAGGCAUCAAUACAUGCACCCAGAGAGAAUACAACAGACAAUACUCUAUUGCACAGCACCAAGUACUGUUUAUGCGGAGCCCAACCGGAGCGAGUACUGGGAACUUAAAGCAAAGCUUCAUAUUGAUCCUGAUUACCUUGAGGUUCUUGAAAAACGAACCACAUUUACACAGUUUUAA